CGCGCGGAACCAGCGUGCGUGCGAGCGUGUCGUCCAAUCGCACACUAGAGCCGAAAACACACUAGAUUCCGACCGUUCGGACCCGCAUUCCUUCCGAGUGCCGUCUUUCAAAGGACGGACGACGCGUGUGUCACUUCUUUAGGAAGGUUCCGCUCGAAAUCUUACUAGAACGAUCGAAGCGCUUAACCACUAGUUAUAUCCAUAUACAACGCGCAAACAUUGUAUUCACGGUAGAAAGAUAGAUCAUCGUGCGUGUUUUAGUACGUACACGACACCAAUUAGGAUGGCAUCAUACUCGGAGGAUCAACUUGCAGGUACUUGAAGAAAUAGUAGCAGAAAAGAAGAAAGGAACACAGAAAGCGAAUAGCAUCGUUAUCGUUAUGUUAGUUCGUUCAUGCGUUUUCACGUUGGAUUUACAAAUAAUUCGUUAUCAUUUUAUAUAAUUGUGUUGUUUUGAGCCCGCUACAAUUAAUAUUUUACGGUUCUACGGUUCUACGGUUUUCAGUUAUUUAUAUUUGGACGAAUUCUAAAUAAGUGAAGCGCAACCGUGACAUAUUGCGUUCGUAAAUUCAUUUGAUUGAUGUUUAUUUCUCAAUAUUUUCAUCAUCAUCAUUUUAUUCGUGCGUUUAUAAUCGUUUGAAGGUGAUUCUUCUAUAUAUUUUUAUAUUGUUUGCAACAAUUCGCUAUUCCCGUCGAGUUUUUAUAAACGUGUCAAGUACAAGAUGUAUGGGUGUAGUUAUCAAGAACUGACUAAUAGAAUGAUGUCAUCCAUCGAGGAAUUCCAAGAGGCUUUCCAGCUUUUCGAUAGUCGAGGAGAUGGAAAAAUUCACGUGGCUCAAAUUGGGGAUGCGUUACGAGCUCUUGGACAGAAUCCGACUGAAUCGGACGUAAAGAAGUUUACUCAUCAACAUAAACCCGACGAACGGAUCAGUUUCGAAGUCUUUCUACCUAUUUAUCAAGCUAUAAGUAAAUCUAGAACAUCCGAUACAGCAGAUGACUUUAUAGAGGGUUUACGUCAUUUCGACAAAGAUGGAAAUGGCUUUAUAUCUUCUGCUGAAUUGAGACAUUUAUUAACGACGCUAGGUGAAAAGCUUAGCGACGAAGAAGUUGAAACAUUAUUGGCGGGUCACGAAGACUCGCAGGGUAAUAUUAAUUAUGAAGAUUUCGUCCGUCAAGUGAUGUGUGGUUGAUUAUUUAUUCUCUACAAAAUAACAACUGAUAUAUUAUUUUAUAAAGAAUUGUAUUAAGUGCUGCAUUUUGUUAAUAUUUUAUCUUUGUCAAUAUUUUCGUACUAUACUUGAUCAAUUGUGAAAACUUUUUCUAUAGAAAGAUGCGAUUGUCGAUAUUUCCAGUGCAGAUUACAAAAUACCAGGAGAUAGGUAUUUCUAAUCGAUGAAUUUUUCAAAUGUUACGGAAAGAUACGUGCAUCGAUUGAAAAGAACAAAAUUGAAAUGAUAUUGUAAAAACCAGAUUACAAGUUAAGUUUAUGAAUUUGCAAUGUAAACAUUCCAAACACUAUCUUAACGAUUCAGUGUUCAUUUUUUAAUGUGUAAUCGUUUGGUGUAUUUGGUUAUCUAUCUAGAAUUUAUUUUAUCUAAAAGUAUUAAUUUCUCUUUGUUAGAAUGCAAGUAUACUAUUUUCUGCCCUAACAAUAACUUUGGAUUACAAAAUAUAGUGUACUAAUUGAAAUAAAAUUAUUAAAAAUUCA